GGUUGGUAUAGGAAAACCUCAGUAUGUCAAAAAAUCAAAAAGACUCGCUGGAGAAAACACCGCUGUAAGCGUGAUUUUAUCAUGAGGUUUUCAUACAAAUCCAUUGAAUUCUCUGCAUUUUAGUGAAGUGGAAGUGAAAGCAAUGACUACAGAGAAUAAUUUUAGUAAACUUUUAUCUCAGUGGUUGGAUGAGGUGAAGCAGGGAGGAAGGAAAUCAUGCGGUGAAAAUGCCGUUAAAGCUUACAUUAAAAGCCACAGAAGUAGUGACUCGUGCAUGAAAUUAAUGCUGAAUUUCUUUACAAAAGAACUCCCUAAUAACACAGAAUAUGUAAAGGGAUUCAAUAAACUCUUACUGUGGGUUAUUGAAAGUGUUAAACGUCAACAAUUGCCCUUAAACUACCUCUGGAACUACAUAAUAAUCCAGUACCAAUCUCGGGAUUUAUGGGCAGAUCUUGUGACAUUGGUUCCAGUUCUCGAAGAACCAUGUUAUUCUGAACAGUUUUUUAGUCAUUAUCUUCAACUUACGCAGUACUUUGCCAUUGUGUACACUCGACUCAGUCGUUCUGGGCAUUCGAAUUCAACUCAACUGAUGAUGAUCUUGAAGAGUUUCACAAAUCUUCUCAAGCAAUCUGCAUCCAAUAAGACCCCUGAAGAAUUUCAUGGGCACCUGAAAGGUGUUUUCGACAGAAAAUAUCGCUAUGGUCAGUCACUUGUUGAAGUAGCCGGGAAAGCUGCGAAGAACUUCCUCAGUGACCUUUUGGAAGUAUUGGAUUCUUUUUUAAAUGAAUCAAUUUCCGACAGGAAUCUUCGCAGUGACAUUCUCCUCACAAUCACUGAUUUAUUGGAAGUGAUCCUGAUGUUUGAAACAAAAAAUGAAGAACGACAUCUGAGUAGCAGAAUAAUUGAGAUUUGGAUGAAAAAGACGUCGCCUACGGGCAAAGAGAAGAGAUGUCUCAAUGUACUUUACUUGCUGAGCGAAAUUUUGGGUGAAAGUUCAAAAAAUGAUGUUCCGAAUAUGGAGAAGCUCUGCAAGAGUUUUCAGGAGCACGUAGAAGAUUUUCGUGGGAGUAUUGAAGAGCAAGUUGUUGUGGAUACCAUUGCAACAAUUGCUUUAAUAUUGGAGAAUAGUGUAGAGAUAUUGAAGAUAAAUUUGUCAGUGAAAGCAUCUCUGGACAUUAUGAGAUCGAUCAACACGUUGAUUACCAUCCGGAGCGACAAUAGGAAGGAUUUUUGCAAACAAUGUGAUAAUGCUGAUUGCAAGAAACAUUGCAUCGUCACAUUGAUAUCAGUUGCAAUGAAAAUCUUUGAGAAUGUCACCAAAAAACCUGAGGAAGUACCUUUAAUUGCUUUUGAGGCAGUUAUUAGUUUCAUAAAGCACAAUUUUUAUAUUUUAGGGCGCUUUAAGUGCCCUCAGAAAGAAAGGCUUCUGAAGAAUUUCGUGCAAAAUACCUACAACAUUUUCAUUCACGUAAAACAGAGCAAUGCCCAAGGAUACAUUGGGAAAGUGAUGAUCCUUUUGAUGGAAAAUAUUCAGGCAUUUAAAGUAGCGGAUUGCUUUCAAAGGUAUAUCCUGAAAUUUCUUCUAAAUUUCCACACGAAUAACAAAGAUCCGAGAAAAGCUCUAAAUGUUGGGGUUCUCAAUCUUUUGCUGCUCAUGGAUGCUGAGAAAUUAUCUGUGGAGGAUAUUUCCAAGGAGAUUGAAAAGCAUCUGCUCUACAGUUUGUAUGAAUUUCGUGAGAUAACAGCCACAAACUUACUAGACAUUAUUGCUGAUGAGUCCUUCCAAUGGUAUGGGAUUAAUAUCCCGUAUGAUAAGUGCAAAUUACUUCUAGGACAAAUAGCUUCGUAUGAAAACUACCAAUCGAAAUCCCUCUACAUGUGUGCAAUUAAUAAACUUUGGAGUGUAACAGAUGAUCCUAAGAUUCUUACUGAAGCAUUUCUCUACGUGCCUGAGAGAUUUUACAGUGAUUUCACCAAAAAUCUAAAUGGCCUUUUUGAGAAAAUUGCAGCAGAGAAAAAUUAUCCUGAUAAAACUCUCCACACAGCUUUUCUCCAUUAUGUGGACUUUGUGCUGAAAAUUGAGGCGAAGCAACGAAUUUUCUCCGAUGAAAGUGUUUCAGAGCAAAAUAUCAACAACAGAGAAUGGAAUAUCUUGGAGAAAAUUAACAUUAAAGAUGAAUCAGAGGCAAUUUAUGCUGUUCAAAAAGCCAUUGAAUGCUUUGAAAUAUUCAAAACACAAAAUGCAGAACGCCACAGACAAAUCACAACCAUUCUAAGAGUAAUGGAGAACUUAGCGUAUAAUGCAAAAUUUUAUGGAUUAAUAAGGGAAUCAGUUAAAAUGUACGAUAUAAUUUAUGAAAUUGCAUCAGUGACAGAGCAUAAAGAAUUUAUUCUUGAAGCCAUGUCCAAUAUUUUCUUCUACUGGAAAACUUACGAAGAUAUCAAGAACAGUGAUUCAAUUGUAAAUCAAAUAGCAGUACAGCAAUCAAACUUAACCGAAGGAGAACUGAAGAAUUUGGCAGAAUUGAAGGAGAAACAGCAAACAAUUAUUAUCAAAUGCAUCCUGAAUUACGCAUUAUUUUGCGCAGGAAAGGGAAGGAUUGCAGUGUCUUGCAAGUACCUGAGGGCAAUAUUUGCAAAAAUCAUCAGCCUUGAGCUUAAACACCUCGAAGUCCUCUGUGUAGACAUUGAAUAUUUGAUUACGAUAAAGUACAGUGAGAAAUGUCACAUGUCUCAUGUGAAAUUUAUGGAAAAAAUCACUCAUAGCAUGAAACAUGGACCAAAGGAAACCAGAACUAAAGACACCAUAUACUUUCUGCCACUGGAAAUUGUCCGGGAGUUGGUGGAUUACAGUGUGGUCAGAUAUGACUGUGACGGUGUGAACAACUACGUUUUCAUGAUGAUGAAGGUCUUCUUGAGGAAUGGAUUUAUGCUGCAAGUGGCCGAGCUACUCCUCCUCGCUGCGAAAAUUGAUCUGGCUGAGGAGAAAGUGGCCAACUGCAAAGCCAAGCUGUUUUAUUUUAUGAAGAUACUCCAUCUGGACCAAGUGACAAAUGGAAACUGGGCAGAUAUAAAAUCGCUGCCAAUGAUCUCUCAGGACGAUGUCCAAUCUGCCAUAGCAAUGUUUUCAUCUAAAGUUCAUAACAAAGAGUGCAAAUGUCUUAUUUGUUUGCAAUUCAAAGCAUACGAAGUAUCCAAACAAAUAAUUCUUUUCCUCAUCUGGAUGCUAUUCAUAGAGAAGCAGUAUAGAGAAGUUCGAAGUAUUUACAGUGCCAUGAAUACCACCACAAAAGAGAUUAACAAAUCCGAUGGUGUUCUUCAGCCUUAUGAUGUUAAAUCAAAGGGUAUCUAUGUGAGUUCUCUGUUAAAAUCAGGUGAGCUCGAUGAAGGUCUUCGGGAAUGUCUGAAAAUUCAAGAACUUUGCGGAAAUCUAAAGAGUCAUCGAAUAGCCUCUCGCCAAGGGGUGGAAGUUCAAGUUGUUUCUUUGCACUACAAGAUGAAUGUAGAAGUUUCCAAUGGGUCCCUUAAGAAAGCCAUUGAGGAGGAUGUUGUUGAUGCAUCACCGGAAAACAUUGUGAAACGUAGGCCGAAGACAAAAUUGAACAAAGUGGACUUUGAGAAACGUCUUGAAAAGGCUUCCAGUGAUUCGGUGAGUUCUGAAGGUAGUGAAAAGUGUGUACCACAAGGAGGAGGUGGUGCUAAAUCUGGAGCAAAGGUCAGUGACAUUGUUGUGAAGACUGAAGCACCACGAAGAAGGGGUCGUCAGCCGAAGAAGAAGGAAGAGAAGGAGUGCACGAACCAGUCAAAAAAAGUUUCCAAAGAGACGGUGAAAAAAACCACACGAAGCAUCAAGAGGGAGAGAAUGUAGGGGAAAGUAUUUAAAAAAAAAAUAAUAAUAAAUAAAUAAACACUGGCUGUGACGCCUUAUUUCCUAAAUUAGCCAAAUUCUUAUAAAACUUUAUUUCACAUUUAAUUACAAUUUAGAUCAAUUUCCUCUUAAAUAAAUAAUUUCUUGUGAACAUGUUAUUCAAUACGAAUAUCAAA